UGCCCGCGCGGGCGAGUUUUUUUUCCUUGCAAUGCUUUAGUCUGCCUAUUUUUUUUCUUCUUUUAUCAGGGACUCGUGAGUGGGAGCCAAUCAGGAGCAGCGUCCCCUCUGCUUUAGCGUCCCUGCCAUCCAGCGCGAGGAGUGAUGCAGCUGGGGCGAGAGAGAGGGAGAGAGAGAGAGAGACGCAGCUGUGGAGCGGAUCGAAAGCUACAGUGAUACUGCUGCAGUGAACGGAUAAGCAUCAGACCACUUAACAAGUACCGCUCCCCUAAGUCGGAUUUCCAACUGCACUGAAUAUUGGGUGGCGCCGGACCCCGGGAGCCAAUGGGAGAGUAGAAGAAGGAAAAAGGUGAAGACUAUGAGGCCGGCCCCGUUUCCCUGACCGAAAAAAGAAAGAAAAAAAUAAAAAAAACGCCCGAGAGGAACGCCGGCGAGACGCAAGCAGCAGUGACGGGGACCCCCGGGGGGAGAGCUGCAUCACGGGAUACAAUGAGAACUCAGCUCCUGCUGCUGCUGUGGGUCGCCCUCUGUCUCCACGGAGACGCCGUGGCCUUUUUUUUCGGGAGGACUGCGGGGGGUGCUUUAGCGGGGUCGACGGGACAGGGGGGUGGCGACGGCGCGGCCCUGCGGCGCUCCAAACGAGGCUGGAUGUGGAACCACUUCUUUCUCCUGGAAGAAUACACCGGAACAGACUACCAGUAUGUGGGGAAGCUCCACUCAGACCAGGACAGAGGGGACGGCAGUGUGAAGUACGUUCUCAAUGGAGAUGGGGCCGGCACCUUGUUUCUGAUCGACGAAAACUCGGGAGACAUUCACGCCACCAAGAGGCUGGACAGGGAGGAGAAAGCCUACUACACACUGCGUGCUCAGGCAGUCAACAAAUUCACCAACCAUCCCCUGGAGCCCGAGUCUGAGUUCAUCAUCAAGAUCCACGACAUCAACGACAACGAGCCCAAGUUCUCCAAGGAGGUGUACACCGCCAGCGUCCCAGAAAUGGUAGAAGUCGGCACCAAUGUGGCACAGGUGACCGCGACGGACGCGGACGACCCCACGUACGGAAACAGCGCCAGGCUGGUCUACAGCAUCCUGCAGGGGCAGCCCUACUUCUCUGUGGAGCCCGACACAGGAGUCAUCCGCACGGCCCUGCCCAACAUGAACAGGGAGAACCGGGAGCACUUCCAGGUGGUGAUCCAGGCCAAGGACAUGGCGGGGCAGAUGGGCGGGCUCUCCGGCACCACCACCGUCAACAUCACCCUCAGCGACGUCAACGACAACCCGCCGCGGUUCCCCCAGAGUGUGUAUCAGUUCAGCGUCCUGGAGUCGGCAGAGACGGGGUCCCCGGUGGGACGGAUCAAAGCCACGGACGCCGACAUCGGGGUCAACGCCGAGAUGGACUACAGCGUCAUCGGGGGGGACGGGCUCGACGCCUUCGACAUCGUCACAGACAGCGCCACGCAAGAGGGGGUCCUCACCGUCAAAAAGCCUCUGAACUUUGAGAGGAAGAGCGCGUACGUGCUGAAGGUGCAGGUGGAGAACACGCGGCCGGACCCCCGCUUCAGCUCCGCGGGGCCGUUCCGCGACACGGCCACGCUCAAGGUCACCGUGGAGGACGUGGACGAGCCGCCCGUCUUCGAGCGCGACGGCUACGUGAUGGAGGUGAAGGAGGACGCCGACGCCGGCACCACCGUCGGCUCCGUCAGCGCCUCCGACCCCGAUACCAGCCGCAGCCUCAUCAGGUACUCCAUUGACCGCCGUACGGACAUGGACCGCUUGUUCAACAUUCACCCGGGAAACGGGACCAUCUUCACCCUGAGGCCCCUGGACCGCGAGGAGACCGCGUGGCACAACAUCUCUGUGACCGCCACAGAGUUCAGCAACCCCAGGCAGUUGAGCCGCGUGCGCGUCUUCAUCAGGGUGCUGGACGUCAACGACAACGCGCCCACCUUCGCCACCGUCUACGAGACCUUCGUGUGCGAGAACGCCAAGCCCGCGCAGAGGAUACAGACCGUGAGCGCCACAGAUGCAGACGAGCCCAAGGGUGGGCACAGGUUCUUCUUCAGUUUGGCACCAGAAGCUUCGGUCAAAGCCAACUUCACCGUCAAAGACAACAGAGGUGAGCUCCUCUGGUUCCCCAUGCAGAGCAGCACCAGCACGCUGACGGUGCGCGUGUGCAGCUGCGAUCGCCACGGCAACAUGAAGGCCUGCAGCGCCGAGGCCUACGCCCUCUCCGCCGGGCUCAGCACCGGGGCCCUGGUGGCCAUCUUACUCUGCGUCAUCAUCCUCCUCAUGAUCGUGGUUCUCUUCGCCGCCCUGAGGAGACAGAAGAAGAAGGAGCCGCUGAUCAUCUCCAAGGAGGACGUGCGGGACAACGUGGUGAGCUACAACGACGAGGGGGGCGGGGAGGAGGACACGCAGGCCUUCGACAUCGGCACGCUGCGGAACCCCGAGGCCACGGAGGACGGCAAGCAGCGGCGGGACAUCAUCCCCGAGACCCUCUACCCGCCGGCGGCGGCGCGUCGGCCCCCCGCCGGGCCGUCCCGCGACAACGCCGACGUGCGGGACUUCAUCAACCAGCGGCUGCAGGAGAACGACGCGGACCCCACGGCGCCCCCCUACGACUCGCUGGCCACCUACGCCUACGAGGGCGCCGGCUCGGUCGCCCACUCCCUCAGCUCGCUGGAGUCCGCCGUCGCCGACGGCGACCAGGACUACAACUACCUCAGCGACUGGGGGCCGCGCUUCAAGAAGCUGGCGGACAUGUACGGCGGGGAGGACAGCGACAGGGACUCCUAACCGGGCCCAAACGAACCCGCUCCUUAAGCCGGGCGGACGAAAACGAAAGAAACGUGCAAACAAACGAACAAACAAACGAAAAAAAGGAAAAUAAAAAUUAAAAAAACGCUUCGGAGUUAAUUGUUCCGACACACAAUGCGGUCGUCAUGCGGGAACCGGAAGCGAAGGAAAAAAAAAGGAG